CGCGAGACUACAUGACAGGAAGCGAAGCUAUCGAAGGUCAGGAAAUAAGUAUGGCGUUCCGCAGUGUGUUACGGUCCGUCUGGACUUCUUUUACGGGGUUAAAUCCAGGGACUCUGUCCUCAAGUGUGGUUGCACGUCAAACGCAAAAUGUCCCUCGACUGUCCGCUUUAACCAUACACAGUAGAGGGAUCCGUCAAGUCAUUGAGAAAAAAGAGGACAAAAUGACUACGAUUGAAGGAAAGAUAUUGGAAGUUCCACCAGGGCCAAAGCCUCCAAAUCCCGAGGCAAAGUGUCCGAUAUACAGAUGGAACCUUCAGCACAAAUACAACUAUACGGAUGUCCUGUUGCUAAGUCAGUUUAUCAGGUCAGAUGGAGGCAUGUUGCCCAAGAGAAUCACAGGCCUUUGCCCCGAGGAGCACAGAAAGAUUGCCGUCUGUGUUCAGAUGGCUCACAGAGCAGGCCUUCUUCCUGACCACAGACCUAGACUUCCAGAAGGACACGUCCCAAAGCCAAAGAAACCCAAGCUCAACCGUUAUUUGACUCGCUGGUCUGUUGGCUCAGUGAAACCCAUCUAUAAAAAAGGACUGAAGUGGUGUAAGAAGAGAAUGGAUGUCGGCCACCCAGCUUUGAAAAACAACAUACGUUACGGGUUCGGGCAUCUUCACCUGCGACAUUAAAAGACUGAGAGCAAAGAUUUAAACCAUCAACUGUAACAAAUUUGAAGGAAUUUCCUCAAGAUCUGCACUUUUUCCUGACUUUUGAACUGGUGCUCUGGGAAAAGACCUCAAAGCUCCAUCCAUCUGUUAUUCUACCUUUUGUUUAUCAAGCUGCGUCACACUUGGAAUGACUCACGCUCGGUUCCACCCAGAGCCAUCUAUUUUGUCUCUGCGGGUUUUACAAAAAGCCCUUGAAGUGAACUGGAGGCAACACAGAUGUGCAAAUAAAAUCUUUGUUUAUUCUGCCUCCCAGCAUUUGUUUACUGUGUUGGACUCAAAUUGAAGUAGAGGAAAAGCUCGUCGGCUAGUGCAGUGUACUAUCUGAGCAGCAUCAACACAGAGUGCUUUCGUGCAUUAAACAAAUCACAAGGACCCACAAUGUUAUUUAAGAAUAAAAGAUCAAAU